CGCCACAUUUAUGUUUAUAUAUGUAGCUUAUUUAGCCAUACUGAUAUUAUAAGUUUCAGUCAUAAUUAAAGAUAAGAAGCAUUUCCAUCCAACGUCAAUGUUUGUAAGUUGUUCAUUUUAAAAGCCAGUGAUGGUUAAAAAAAAAAAAGAAAUUGAGAGCUACGUAGUGCUGGUUCACCCCAUUUAUCCCUUUAAACUACAUGGACCAUAAUGCAAAGCAGAACGCGACGUAACUCAUAUCGGCACCGGUCUGCUGCUAGUCUGCCACAGACAGCUGAGGAUUUCCAGACGGGGGAUCCCGGCUCGGCCUUUUAAUAUCGAAACGUUGAAGUCUAUCGUGUAUUUAAAUGGCGAAAACGUACGAUUAUCUCUUCAAACUGUUGCUAAUCGGAGACAGCGGAGUCGGUAAGACAUGUCUGCUGUUCAGAUUCAGCGAGGACUCCUUCAAUACCACCUUCAUAUCCACAAUAGGGAUAGACUUCAAAAUCCGAACAAUAGAGCUGGAUGGAAAGAGAGUCAAACUUCAAAUUUGGGACACUGCAGGACAGGAGAGGUUUCGCACUAUCACUACAGCUUACUACAGAGGGGCUAUGGGUAUUAUGUUGGUCUAUGACAUCUGCAAUGAGAAGUCCUUUGAAAACAUAAAAAACUGGAUUAGAAAUAUUGAAGAGCAUGCCUCGUCUGAUGUGGAGAAGAUGAUCCUGGGUAACAAAUGUGACAUGACUGACAGACGACAGGUGUCCAAAGACAGAGGUGAAAAACUGGCUAUUGAUUAUGGAGUUAAGUUCUUGGAAACCAGCGCAAAGUCUAGCUUGAAUGUAGAGGAGGCUUUUUAUACUAUGGGAAGAGACAUAUUACACAAUCUGAGCUCCAAGACAACUGACAACAGUGCCGGAGGGUCAGGCAAACCAGUCAAGAUCACAGAGAAGAAGUCGAAGAGAAUUAAAUUCUUCAAGUGUUCACUCCUCUAAGCUGCUCAUCUCCAGUGUUCACAGCUCACAGCUAGCGUGACUUUGUCGUUUUGGAGGGUUACUGCCUCUCAGACACCCUCGCAGCAGCGACAGCACUGGUCAUAAUCACAGGGCCUUACUUCCAGCUGAAGCUCACAGGUUCAUGAGUGCUUGGGAUGCUAUCCUGAUCUGCUGACCAGAGGAGCAUCAAUGAGGAAUGAGGCCUGAUACUAUAUAUCUGCUCAUGCAAAAGACUUUUGCGUGAUCGUCAGCAGCAGUUUGUAGCUGGCCAUGCAGUGUCUGCUCACAGGAGGCAGUGAUUCUGUUGGAAUUUAUAAUACCUCUAAUGGAUGUCAUGAAAAUAUCUCAGUUACACAUAGUUGUCUUAUAAAAUGUAAAACUAUGAAAACAAAACUCAUCUUUUUCAUAUACUGUAGCAUUAUUUUAUACACACUACCUAUUGUCAUAUUUACUAUGAUGAUUCUGUGAGAUAGACAUAUGAGGUCCCAGCACUGAUUGUAUUUAUCUGGGUGAAUUCAUGUAUAUUAAUAGGCUUAUGGUCUCCAGUUGCACUAGCAACAUAUCUGCUUGUUCAUGUGUGCCUAGAAGGUUACAGUAUUGUGAUAGAAAAGACACUGUAGAAAUACAGCCUACUGUAUUCUCUCAUUUUUAUUGUUUUUUUUGAUGGAACCUAUGUUUAUACAGGUUUCUGUGAUGAAAUGAAACUGUGAAAGGGUUGUUUGUUCCUUGGAAGCUGUUCUUAAUACAUAUUGUUAUGCAGUUGUCAGUAUAUGCAUGAAAGUUGUAGGGAUACCUCUGAGUGGGUCAUUAUUAAGCACAUUUAACAGUAUUUCAAAAGAAAAUGUUUACAGAUGGUAUUUCAAAGUGUCAACCAUAUAUAGGAAAUUCAUGUUUUUGCUGUUCGCAUAGUGUAUAUGUAAGCACAACAGUUGUGUAUAUCCUUUAUUUUCACCUUAAACUGUAGACAUCCAACAGGUCCCCUUAACAUCACCAUGAAAAUACAUUGACGUGGGGAAGCUGUAAUGUGAAUGAUUGUCUUUGUAAGCUACUAUAUGAUACACAAAUGAAAAGUAAAAACAGUAAAGAAAGUGGUUCUUCAAAAGAAAA